AUGUCCUUCACCAACCGAAUCCCCUCGUCGGCCCUGCAUGCGCUGCGCAAAUCCACCACCACCACCACAUGUCUGCGGACCGCAGGACGCCAGAUACGAUGGGAGUCUACGGAGAAGACGGAGAGAAAGACACAUGGGAAGUCGUUUAGUGGACAGCUGUAUUCGAGUACGGCGCUGCGAUUGCAGCGUGAAAAAGCUGAUCGGGUGCGCUUCGCGGAAUUGAGGAAUGAGGCGGGGGGUGGGAGGGGAAUUGCGCUGUCUUUUAGUAGGUUUUUAUUCUUGGUUUUCAUGUUGUAGAUUCAUGGAUGGGGAGAGGGAUGUUGAUUUGAUGUAUGGGGACUAAUUGGAUAUAGCUGCUUUCUUUAUAGCUAUUGCUGCUUACUAUGCGGGGACUGUCUCUGUCCCUGAAGUGUCGGAUGCCAGUACUCUACCUCUUCUCGCGACCAAGGCGCUGAAAUACAACACCUCCGGCUCGAAUAUGGAGGCUGCGUGGACGGAUUUUGUAACCAUUGUUGGGAAGGAAAAUGUUUCGACACUGGAUACAGAUUUGAAGUUCCAUGCGGGAAGUGAUUGGUCUUCGCAUAUAACCGUCGACGGGGAGACGCCAUUCAUGAUUGUGUAUCCAUCGAGUACGGAGGAGGUUAGUGCUAUUAUGAAGGUGUGUCAUAAGAGGAAGAUUCCUGUUACUGGAUAUAGUGGGGGGACGAGUUUGGAGGGGCAUUUUGCGACGACGAGGGGAGGUAUUAGUGUGGACUUUAGGAGGAUGGGAAAGAUUGUUAAGUUGAACAAGGAGGAUAUGGAUGUGGUUGUUCAGCCUGCUGUGGGAUGGGAACUUCUCAAUGAGGAGUUGGCCAAGGAUAAUUUGUUCUUUCCUCCAGAUCCAGGACCAGGUGCUAUGAUUGGGGGUAUGGUAGGGACGGGAUGCAGUGGAACAAAUUCCUACAGAUAUGGAACGAUGAGGGAAUGGGUAUUGAGUUUAACGGUCGUACUCGCUGAUGGAACUGUUAUCAAAACUCGUCAACGUCCAAGGAAGAGCAGUGCUGGAUAUGAUCUAACCAAGAUAUUCAUCGGUAGCGAAGGAACUCUCGGUUUGGUUACAGAGGCUACUUUGAAAGUCACGACAAAACCAAACACCACUAGCGUGGCAGUCUGUAGCUUUGGCAGUGUACGUCAAGCAGCGGAUUGCGUCUCCAAAGUCGUUAACGAAGGGGUUCCAAUCGCUGCAAUUGAGAUUCUGGAUGAUUACAUGAUGUACUGCAUCAACGCCGCCGGUAUGACAGAUAAAACCUGGAACGAAGCUCCGACACUUUUCUUCAAGUUUGCUGGUACACCAAAUGGCGUGAAAGAACAAAUUGGUAUAGUCCAAAAACUCGCCAAAGCCAGCGGUUCCAAGACCUUCGAAUUCGCUAAAUCCCAACAAGAACAAGUCGACCUCUGGUCCGCUCGAAAAGAAGCCCUAUGGUCCGUCAUAGCCACCAAGGAAAAUGACGAUGAUCAUGUCUGGACUGGUGACGUGGCGGUUCCUCUCUCCAGAUUACCUGAUAUUAUUGAGGAGACGCAGAAGGAUUUGAAGAAAAGUGGUAUGAGAGCUGCAAUUGUGGGACAUGUUGGGGAUGGAAACUUCCAUACCAUUAUGUUGUAUAAUCAGAGUCAGAGGAAGAAGGCGGAGGAGGUCGUGCAUCGCAUGAUCAAGAUGGCUGUGGAGAUGGAAGGCACAGUUACGGGGGAGCAUGGGGUGGGGUUAGUGAAGAGGGAUUACUUGGACCAUGAGCUGGGGGUGGAGACUGUGGAUGCUAUGAGAAGGGUAUGUUUUCUCCUGGCCCAUUUUGUGAAAUCGUAUACUAACUUUCUUUCUCGCGCCAGCUGAAAUUGGCUUUCGAUCCGCUGUGUUUGUUGAACCCUGACAAGGUUUUUCGUGUGCAAAAGCCGCAGCCGGGUGAGGUGGAUAAAUGGUAGUAUGUAUGUAGAUAUUGAAUACAUAAUCCUUCUCCCUCACGUGGCUUAUAGUGUAAGCUAUGGGUGUACAGAUAUUGAAAAGUCGUUCUUUUUACGUACGCCACUUACUCUUCUCCUCCCUUAGAGUUCGCGCAGGUUUCGUGUUUGUAUUGUAUUUGAGGGUUUCUGAGUUGCGGUGGUCAUGUUUUUGCGUCGUGUGUCUUUUAUAAACACACCGGUGAUUCUACUCAACCAUCGACCGGGGGUUUUUUUAGCUUUUGCAUUUCUCCCAACCACGGCGGCUGCGGGGCGUGUUUCCUCGGCUGGGCCAUCCAAAACGCCGGGUCUGGAAAAGGGAGAGGCAAAGCAGCGAUCGUCAGCCACCGAAAUUCCUCGGAAGCCACGAUGUAACUGGAUGUUUUGGCUAGCUCUCAGGGUUGAGGAUUGGAAGUUGCUCCAGUUCUACGCCAUCAGACUGAUGCCGUAGACCUUAGUGGGAUCGAGCCCCAGGGCGGGCUGGUCAGUUUGAGAAUGACUUGAGUCAGUAGAGAGGUGGAUUGUGAUUUCUGGCUUUGUUGUGAAGUUUGGAGGGGAUGUUUCCUAUCACGGAAGAAUGAAGACGGACCUCGUUCAGCUGGAUUUGGUAUCAUGGUCCUGACACUACUGAGCAGCUCUCGUAUAAUAUUUUCACAUCAUGCGAUUCUAUUCAACCACAUUAAAUCGCCUUGUUGGAAUAUCCACUCUUUAUUUACUUUGUUUACUUUCAAUUUGCACCUGUCUAUUUUCGGCGUUUGUUUUUUGGUACCCAUCCGAGAUCUCAUAUUGUUACUACCAACAAAUCUUUCGAUACGCUCAAUUCUCUCCGGCUGCUUGGCGGUGCUUUAGCCAGAUUGUUGGGUAUUUGCCUUCAUGUAGAUUAAUUCUCGGCUUACCGUAACACGGAUGCGAGGCGAUUACUUGUUACCUAAUAAGCG